AUGGGGUCAACGGAAUCAAAAACUAAUCAUCAUUUUAAUCGCUUUUCUUAUGAACUUCUCCCUUAAACUAAUGAGAUUAAGAUGGAGAUUUGUAUGGCCAUUGCUAUCAACUUUACCAAUACUCUUCUUUUAGCUGCAUCCACAAAUGAUAUCAAAAUAAUCCAAGUUAAUGAAGGUUAAUUAUUUAGUAUUCAAAACCUAAAGAAACAUAGCGAUCAUGUUACAACUCUAAAUUUCUUUAAAAUUAAAAAUUAAUUUAUCUCUGGCUCAGCAGAUAAUUCUAUCAUUGUCUGGUCGACAGCUCUUCUAUCUAAUCCAAAGUAUUUAACAAAAUUAAAGAAUCAUUCAUUUCAAAUUACAUGCCUAGUGAUAUCUUAGAAUUCAGAAUAAGUCUUUAUUAGUGGCUCUAAGGAUAAGUAAAUUAAAUUCUGGCAUCAAAACAACUAAACAACAUCAUUUGAUUGGACUUGUUGGCAGACAAUUACAGAACACACUGAUUAAAUUUAUGGUCUAUCAAUUAGCUAAGAUGGAAAUAAAUUAAUCUCCUGCGGUCGAGAUGGAUUGAUUUUAGUUAUGUAAAAAGAUAGUACACAAUUUUGGUAAGUUCAGUAGAAAAUUUACAAGGCCAUUGGAUUUAGACUAAGCUUCAUUGAUAAUGAGAUGUUUGCAUUUUAACCUUUGAUACUUCAUAAUCAUAGGUUAAGGGCUUCUUAAAAUCUUCUAGUAUAUUCUUGGAAUUCUAAUUCAAGAUGCUAUUUUAAAUCCAAAUAAAUAUCAAUAAAAGGAGAAGGAUAAUGGUGUCACAUCUAUUUCCCACAAACAUACAUCCCAUCCAAAUAAAUACUUAUGGCCAAAAAUGGAUAAACUGUUAAUUUGAUAAGAUUCUCUAAAACAACUUAAGACUACAAUUACAAACUAGAGUAAGUUAUUGAUUAUAGCAAUCAAUUCCAUAAAGUCAUAUAUUAAGGUUAGAUAUUUGGGGCAAUAAGUGAUGAUGGUGAAUAUUUAAUCUUAUGGGAUCGGAAUUCCAGUUAGAUAUAAAUUAGAUAAUUCAAAGAGUAUUUGUGA